GACACAGCAGGCCAAGAGCGCUACUCCUCCCUCUCCUCCGCCUUCUUCCGCAGCGCGGAUGCCGUCCUCCUCAUGUUCGACGUCAGCACACCAGAAACUAUGCACGCGCUCACGAAAUGGUUGGAAGAGUUCAAGUUCCGAGCCCCAGUCAGUGAUGAAUGA